AUGGCCCGCAACCUCUUCUCCGUCCCCAUAUUCUUCAUCGUCUUCCGCGAGACCCUCGAGGCCGCCAUCAUCAUCUCCGUCCUCCUCGGCCUCGUCGAGCAAAUCGUCAACGACGACCCCGCCCGCCUCGCCACCGCACCCUCCAUCUCUGCCUCCGACGACUCCGAAAAACACGCCCCGGACACGCUCGCCGCCGCCGCCGCCGCCAGCAACAGUGCCGACCCCGAGAAAAAAUCACCGACACCCGAUGCCGCGUCAAGCGAGGGCGAGGCAGACGUCCGCGCCCAGCCCGAGCUCGCAGCCGUCCCCGCCGUCGACGCCCUCUCCAAACGGCGCCUCAUUCGCAAGAUGCGCAUCCAGAUCUUCGCGGGCUCCGCCAUCGGCCUCCUCAUCGCCCUCGCCAUCGGCGCCGCCUUCAUCGCCGUCUGGUUCACCAAGGCCUCCGACCUCUGGGCCAAGUCCGAGGACCUAUGGGAAGGCAUCUUCGAGCUGAUCGCGUCCAUCAUCAUCUUCAUCAUGGGCAUCACCAUGCUCAAGCUCGACCGCGCCAAGGCCAAAUGGCGCGUCAAGCUCGCCUCCGCGUUCGAUGGCCAGCACGUCGACGGCCGCACGCGCACGGGCAAGUGGGUGCUCUUCCUGCUCCCGCUCAUCACCGUCCUCCGCGAGGGCAUGGAGGCCGUCGUCUUCGUCGGCGGCGUCACCCUCGGCCAGUCCGCCACCUCCAUCCCCAUCGCCGCCAUCGUCGGCCUCAUCGCGGGCCUCAUCUGCGGCUUCUUCAUCUACGCGUUCGCGAGCCGCUCCACGCUCACGAUCUUCUUGGUCGUGAUGACGAACUUUAUCCUGCUCAUCGGCGCUGGGCUGUUCAGCCGCGCCGCGUGGUCCUUCGAGAUGCACCACUUUGUCAACAUGUACGUAGACGACACGGGCGGCGACGGGCCGGGCUCGUACAACGUGCACGGCUCCGUCUGGCACCUCGACUGCUGCAACCCCGAGAACAACUUCGACAACGGCGGCUGGCAGAUCUUCAACGCGCUCUUCGGGUGGACGAACUCGGCGACGAUCGGGUCCGUGCUCGCGUACAGCCUGUACUGGGUGAUGGCGAUCGUCGCGCUCGUGUGGAUAAAGUGGCGCGAGGGGCGCGUGAAGCUCGCCGGGCGGUGGGAGAGCGCGGCGGGCGUGAGGAGGAGGGAGAAGAGGGAGAAGGGGGAGGCGGGGCUGCCGCUGUAA